GUGUAUUUCACAAAAACUUUUGUUUCCUUUACAUUGAGAUAAAGGAAACUCUCAGGUUCCUCAGGCUAUGUGGUUGUAUGAGUUGUCAAUUCAUGUUUUAAAUUCAGGUCCCUGGAGUCAUCUUCAGAAACAGUAAGACACUAACUGGGUGCUUGGAAGACCUUUAGGUUCCUGCUCUGCAAGAUUUGAUGCCUGAUCUCAAGCAAGUCUUUUAUCCUACACAGUGCUAUGCAUCUCAACCUGUAAGAUGCAGGUAAUAGCACUGCCCUGCCUUUGAGGCUGAUGUGAGGAUAAAUGCUCUGAGAGACUGUGAGACGCUCAGAUACUCUGGUAAAGAGGAGAGGGUGUCCAUACAAGUGCGUAAGAUAACUGAAAUCUUUUUCAAACACUGAUGACUCUUAGAAGCCCUGUGAAGGGCAGAUGCACUUAAUGCUGGUGUGCAGUUGCACAGCUGAAACUUAAUGUUCUUACAGGAGUGCAUUUGCUAGCAGUUUUUUUCCUUCUGUGCCAGUACUACUUUAGUGGAAAAGAGCUCUUGGCCAAAGUUUUCGAUCCCCAUUCCAAGGCAGGUUUUUAUUUCAAGACUCCCCUUCUCAAUCAGUCUUUCUGUAAAUGUGUUCUUGUCUACAGACUGACAGCAACUUUUUCAAGUGACUUAAGACAUUGCUAAGUGUAAUAAUGUAUUGUUGCUUGGUUCUCAUUUUAUGCUAUGGUCUACAGCUUAAACCACAAAUGGAGGUGGGUUUGCAAUAGUCUUUGGAGCUCUGAACAAAGCAGUUGUUCAGAGUGCCUGUGCCUCAUGUUUCAUUCUGCCAACUGUGUUACUGGGGAAGGAGGCCUAACUGUCUAUACAAAGUUGCUGCUAACAGCUAAGAUAGUAGCUCAUCUCAAACUACUGUAGCUGACCGCUUUGGUCUAUAGGAGUUAGAGCCCUGUCUCCUUGCUUCCUGUUCUUUCUCUUCCUCCUAGUUCCAGUUUCCCUUUGUAGUUCUACCAUAGCUUGCUCCCAUGUUACUCCUUAUUCUGUUUCCUCUAGUAUCACUGAACAAUUUCUGCUGCACUUUCUCCCAUCUCUGUGGGAAGCACAUUGUUUCUGCUGGGGGAGCUUGGUGAAAAUUGAAAAAGAAAAGCAUUUGUGAAAUUAUAUAGAGACUCUUUAGUCAUAUUUAUUUUGAGCUGUUUAAAAACUCCAUGCAAGCUUUAGUCUGAAAUGCAGGAAACUUCCAAAGUGUCAUAAACUUCUUUAUGAACUAGGAAAAAAAAAUUCAAGUGAGUCCAUUUUUCAUUAUUUGAGGUGCAAGAAGUUUCUGAUUUUCGAAGGCUUCAAAUAUCUGUUAGGAAUGUUUCCUACUAACUGGUAACAUAGCUAACCCCUCUUUGUUAUUUGCUUGUGAAAUUAGGGGAUUGCAUAAAGUUCCUUUUUCUUUGUCUGGUCAAAGCUGUUUAGCUUAGGGCACUGCAGCCCAACAGCACUGGGAUCCAGCACUCAGCAGCCAGACAGAAAAGUCCAGCCAGUUCUGAAGACCUCAGAAUUUCUGUGUAAGCUUUUUAAAAAGCCCUGAAUGACUUCAAGUCCACAGCUGGAGAUGCCUAAUUGCUUAAGCUAAGCUGACCACUUUCCUUCUCCAAAUCAGUCUUUUUGGGGUGCUCAAGCUGAGGUACCCAAAAUCAGCAUGAUUCUGAAAAUACUUGUCUUUCUCAGCAUGAUAACCCUGUACUGGGUAGCCCCCAAGUACACAUGGAAUUUGCAGGAGUCGCUUGCCAAGUUUCAUGGAGGAGGGAGCUGAUUUGUACUUUUAUCUGAGCUUGUAAAUUCCCUGACCAAAGUCUCCUGAACAGAGAAGCUUUGCCUGUUCUAGCACAGCAUCUCAUUUUUCAUUCUACUCCCGAAGACAGCCUUCUGACAAAUGACAGCUCUUCAAGCAUUAAGCAUCCCUACAUGAAUACAUGAUACAGCGUUCCGAGGGCAUGAUGCUGGCUUCUGGAUUCCUUUUUCUGCCCCCUCCUCCAACUUUUUCAUUACAUAAAGCUGACAACUGCAGAUUUGUCCUCUGUUGAUAUACAGCCAGUUAAAGAAAGGAAUUCAUGUCCCUCCCAGCUUGUUUCACUUUGCUGUUUUUUUUCUCCGCCAGCCCAAAUUUCAGCUCCAGUAAUACGAUACCACUUGGCAGCGGUUAAGAGAAUCUUUGGCACAUUGGAAAGAGGCUUAAUGUAAAGUCUCCUUUUUUUAAAAGAGCUUUUUGAAACUCUAGCGUUUCAGCACAACUUUGACAGUAACUGCAGGACUCCUCACAAAUGCUCCAGAUGCAACUGUGAGCAAAAGGAUUACCAAUGCCUUCUGUGAAGUGAAUGUCUUAGCAUCUCUCAUCUCUCUCUAAAAAGCAUUAAAGAACGAUAUGGAUCCAAUAGAACAAUUUUCUGCAAACAGAAAGAAGAGCUUCCUCUCAGUUGACAAGAAAAAAACCAAUGGUUAUAGAUCUAUUGUGGGAUUUUUAUGCAUAUUCCCUGUGGUGGCUUUGUUGGCUAUCGUGGGAGACCCAGCUGGAGCUGCAGCUCAAAAAAAUCAGGAAGAUGCUACAUCACCUGGUCUUUAUGGAGUGAGUGCCUCUGCUUUGCACAGUCCAACUUUCCCACCUUGGCCUCCAGCACGGAGAAAACGAUACACAAUCACACCAGGGCACUUGAAAUGGGACCACUUCAACCUGACAUACAAAAUCCUGUCCUUCCCAAGAAACCUCAUAAAUGCCAGUGACACACGCAAGGGAUUAGCAGCUGCGUUCCGCAUGUGGAGUGAAGUUUCACCAUUCAGCUUCAGAGAAGUGCCACGCCACAUAGCUAGUGAUUUGAAAAUAGGCUUCUACUCUAUCAAUCACACAGACUGUCUGGAAUCUCUCAUUCACCACUGCUUUGAUGGAACAACGGGCGAGCUUGCCCAUGCCUUCUUUCCACCCAAUGGGGAAAUCCAUUUUGAUGACCAUGAAUAUUGGAUAUUGGGGAAUACCCGGUUCAGCUGGAAAAAAGGUGUUUGGCUUACAGAUCUGGUACAUGUAGCAGCUCAUGAAAUAGGACAUGCCCUAGGACUUAUGCACUCCCUGAACCCCAAUGCCCUCAUGCACAUCAAUGCCACUUUGACUGGAAAAAAGACCAUCUCUCAAGAUGAAGUCUGGGGAAUUCACAGACUUUAUGGAUGUAAAGACAGAUUAUUUAUGUGCCCAUCAUGGGCACGAAAAGGUUUCUGUGAGAAACGCAGGAAGUUGAUGAAAAAACACUGUCCAUCCACCUGUGACUUCUGCUAUGAAUUCCCGUUUCCAGCAAUCCCCUCUACUUUGCCCCCACCAAGAACAAAAACCAAGACUGUUUCUGAAGGCAGGAAUGUCACCUUCCGCUGCGGACAGAAGAUCAUUCAUAAAAAAGGCAAAGUUUACUGGUAUAAAGAUAAGGAGCUUCUGGAAUACUCAUAUCCAGGUUACUUAUCCUUAAAUGAUGAUCACAUGAGCAUCAUUGCAAAUGCGAUUAAUGAAGGAACUUACACUUGUAUAGUAAAGAAAAAAGAAAGAAUCUUGACCACUUAUUCCUGGAGGAUCAGACUGAGGCACUAACAAGGGCCCUGGAAUAAGAACUUCAAUUAUUGCUAGUUCUGUUUCAAAUUCAAAAAUUUUCUUUAGCAUUUUAUAUUUAAUCUGCAGCAGUGCAAUCGAAUUUUUAAAUCAGCUGCUUCCAUAGCUUGGGCAAGAGAGACUGGGACUUUUUUUUUGGAAAAAAAGCUUUUUCAAGUUACUUUUAAUGGUUAAGAAUUUAUCAAGCAUGUCCUGUACAGACACAUAAUUAAAAAAUAAUAAAAAAAAUUCAAGGGUCAGAUUUUGCAGUUAAAUGACCCAGGUCACUGCAGACUGCUGAAAAACAAGAACAAAACCCCUCGUCGGAUAAAUAGAUCAACAGAUUGAUGGCUCAACUAUGUUGCAAUGGAAUCCGAGGUAUUGUGGAAGAAAAACAACCAGUUAAUACUCAGUAAGUGUUCUGCUGUCAUUUUUUUUUAGAUCCUAAUAAGUAUCAUUAAAAGGGCUUUAAAUAUAUAUAUAUAUAUAUAUAUAUAUAUAUAUAUAUAUAUAUAUAUAUAUAUAUAUAAAAUUAUUUUUCUUUUACUCGAUGGAAGGAGGAUGUAGGGCCACAAUAAGCCUUUUCUAAUUACUCCAUUCCAUAUUUCUACAUGUUCAGUUACUUAAGCAGCCACAGAACAUCUUUUUUCCCCUGCUUUCCUGUCAUAUGCAUUUAUUACUUGCGUCAUCUUAGCACAAUAUACUAUUUACCUUCAUCUGCAGUGCCUCGUAACUUGUCCUUUAGGUGUCUGAUCAGUAAAUCUCUGGACUCCUUCCUUCUGUAGAGAUAAGAUCAUUUCUAUCACUAUCCCCCCACCACCAUCAUCCCCAGAUAAGGUAAAUAUGCCAUGUCAGACAAGAAAAUGGCAGUAGUAUUAGUGGGCAAAACCAAGUCCACUUAAAUGUCUGUAGUAGUGGAGCACUCAUUUUCAUAGUCAGCAUCCCCUGACAGUCAUUAUAUUUAAUGAGAAGUACUCAAAAGAAAGGUAGAACAAUUUAUCCUUAAGUCCUUUUCAGUUUGCAUAAUGCCAUUUGGCUGUAAUGGAACUAAGCUACUUUAGCACUACUUGAACAGCUGCCUCAGAAACUAGUCUAGACAAGCCUUAGUAUGUCACUGCAGAAUCUGUAAACUCAUUUGGAGAUAGAUGCAUCCCUGCCUCCAGACUAUGUCUUUCAUGACUCAAGAGAUAGGAAGGGCAUCAUCAGUGCAAAGGGAGGUUCUGGCCCAGACAACAGUUUCAUUCAGUCCAGUUUUUAAAUGACUCAAGAAUUGAGCUUUCCACUGCCUCUCUUAGCUAUACCACAGUCAAACAGAUCUUGCUGUUAAGACAUCUUUUCCCAAUGUUAAAGCAGCCUAAAUUACCCUUUGCUCAGUUUCAUCCCUUUUCAGUAGUCCUCUUAACCUCUUGCAAUAUGUUCCUCCCUACUUACAAACACCAGCAAAACUGCUAAGCAUCUCGCAAUGCAGUAAGAGACAGCAGUCUAGGAAGACCUGUAUUAGAGCAGAACGGCUCUAUCAGUAAAACUGUGCACUGUCCCAGGACAGCAAAAUUGCAAGAGAAAAGAGAGAAACUAAGAACAACAGUGUUCUGCUGGUACAAUUGCAAUGGUGGUAGUUUUACUGGCAGACAUUUAGCACAAACUCUGCCCAUCUUCAUUUAACAGAACAGAGCUAUAUCACAUCAAUCUGAGCAGCUCCUUCCAAGGCAGCUCUAUCUUUGGAAUUUGGAGAAGAGAAACAAGAACAAUCGACUGAUCAUCUUAGCCGUCAAUAACUAUCACAAGAGGAUGUCAACACUUCAGCUGCAAAGAGGCUUAAUCUCUGGGCAGAACCAAAGUCCUUCAUCUCGCUUCUCACUACAGUUUAACACUGUUUUUUAGACAUAGCAUUUCAGAUAAACAAGUUUCAUACCACUUUUCUGAAUCCUGUUUUAUUAAUGUUGCAAUCUGCCAAUUACCUUUGUAGCUUUCUCCAACUGUCUGAUGCUUCUGGCAGGCACUGUCAGGCAAAAGUGGAAGCAGAGGCAGAAGCAGGGUAAGCACUGUUUGCUAUGGACCUGCUUUGCCACAAACAUCCUGUAAGAAGUUAGCCACCUUCAAAGACUGGUUGUUGACCUGAAGGCAGGUGGAACAAACCAAGGAAACGUUGCAGGCUUAAGACACCAGGCCACUACCCAGUGCUGCCCUUCCACCAGAAUGCCAUUCAUACAAAAGGCAUGGCACAGCACUCAGUAUUCAAAUCUGCUCUCAGGUCUGCAGUUUCAAGGCUACAUGAUCACCCAACAGAAUCUUCAAGAAACAAAAGGCUUGAAUUCCUGUAAAUAAGCCAACAAAAGAUUAAGCCUUCCCUCUUCCCAUACACAGGAACCCUCAAUGUUAAAGAAUCAUUAAAUGUUAAUGUCAAAGCUUCCAUUUUGAAAUACAGAUUUGCUGGUAUGGAAAACACUUCACAGAUUUGGAGAUAUAUCCUCAAGGUAAGCAACAAAGCUUGCUUUAUCUUUGAUUAUAAUUUGAUUUUAUAAAAAUAAAACCUGAAAUAAAUCAACAGCAAAAUAAGUACCUAAACUGCAAAAAUCCUGCGAUGCCACCAUACUCUCAUGCAGUGGAAUUUCCACUUUGGUCUAAAUGAUAUACUUCUGCGAUUCUUCCACACCGCUGAAAUCAGUUGUUUAAACAGGCAUGAUUUCAAACUAAAUAAAUACUGUAAUACUGCUCCUGGUGAAACUGACUUUAACAUAUUUUCUGCCCUCAUUUGCCCUUGCAUAACGUGCAUAUGAUUAAAAAAACCAAACACCUCCCCUAUCAAUGUCAAAAGUCCAGAUUUACAUUAGCCUACCUUGGAAAGAAUGCCUUCCAAUUGUAUAUGAAAGGCCUGCUUAAAAAAGUUAAAUAUCGAUAGUAAUUGCUGGUAAAGUACAAUUAUCCUUUAAGUAUUUUUAUCCCCUUUCGCUUCUCACAUAUUUAUUUAGUAUGAAUAAAUAAACUUAGGCUUCUACUUUACCAUCACAUUUAGCUAAGCAUACAGGGUAGUAAAAAGUUUAAAAAUGCAUCUUUUGUAUGGACAAUUACAGUCAGGAUCAUAAACUGCAAGAACUCUGUGCAAAAAUACACAUUUGAGCCACAAAAAAAAGCUGAGAUGUGGCAACUGAACAAUGCUGCUCUACUGAGGAAGAGCUGAUAUUCCCCAUCUAUGAAGAAAAUUGGAAUUACACAUACCUCUUAGAAUCACAUCAAACUCCUACUAUAAUACAGCAGUAGGGUUCGUUGUUUUUGCCUUUUUUAAAACUAAAAACAUCCAACUUUUAGAUAAAUAAUCCUUUCUUUUUGUCAGGGAAUCAGACCUUCCAUAAGUGAUGCCCCCAUUGGCUGCAACAAUGCCAAGGAAGUUAGAAAGAAAAUAAUGUCACAGAGUGCAAGAUGCACAACAGACCUUGAAACAAAAUAUACAGUCACAUUUUUAAUCCUUUACAGUUUAUCACAGGCCAUGCCAAAAUGGUUCUUCUGUGCUGCUGUCUCUGGAAUGCAGCAGAGAAACUGCUUUUCCAUAGGUUAUUGAUCUCUGCAUAUAAUCAUCAUGGAGGAAUCUCACAAAAAUCAUGCAUACUUCAGUAACAGACCAGUAAUACAACUGUUUCUCCUCCAGUAUCAGGAAAUCAGGCCUAAAGAGAAAAUAGCUCUGUCUUCCUUCACAGAAACAUUCUUUUUCAAAAUUUACAAUUUUAGUAUAUCUAAAUUCCAGUUUCAAGGCCCUUAUGUCCAGUAAAAUCUCUUAAAAUGCACUGAAGUCAGUGGACUAUUUAUCAUUUUUACUGGACUGGUGCCCAAGUCUGACUACAUGAAUACAUGUCUGACUACAUGCAAUAUUUUGCAGCAUUUUCCAAAUCUUCCUGUCCCAGAAAAGAAUGAUAGCAUUAUAAAUUGAGACACCCAUAAGACUGUGACAUUCCAACAUGAUUCCUCUUGUGAGAAGGAAUUUAAAUAGGGCAUUAUAUUAUACAGUCAGUACAAAUAAUCUCUUUUCUUUUUUUUUAAUGGAAAAAUGGGAUAUUUAAAAGAACUUCUAUAGGAAAUAAAGUUUUAAGUCUCCAUAAUAAAUCUUUUUUGAUUUAUAAAACAAUAUAUUAGUUCUUUUGCACCAGUACCGUUGUAAAUACAUGUAUGUGACAACUCAAACAGUGAAGUGGUCAGCCCACUAGCGCACUCAAAAAAAGUUGUCAGUGACUAUCAAGCACAGACUAGCCUCUGCAAGGCACAGAACAGGAGAGAAACCUCAGAAGUGGCUUGAUUUCUUGCCCAAACAACUACCUUCAGCCACAUAAAACUUACAAGAAAAGUUGUUUUGCCUGGGCUGAUGAUAUGCUAUAGUAGUUUAAGCAGCAGAUAGGGAAACAGAGAGAAAAAAUAAAAAGUCUGUCAGAAGUUUCCACUCUAGAAGACUCAAUGCCACCAACAUCCAAGUUUUCUGCAUGUGAAGAAAUGAAAUCCUUCACACUGUUAAACAAUUAAAAAUGUAUUUUAAUUCUACAAAUUUACAAGCAAAAAUACCCCUAAAAACAACACAAAAAAACUGUUCCAGGAUUGUACUUCAAGUUUUCCUUUGUCACAUUUUGUAACGAUCCUUGGCUUUUCAGGUUAAUUCCAGUCCUCUAAAUGGAAUGCAGCAGUUACUUACACUCCGCACCCAGCAAGAGCCUUUGAAUCUGUGAUGACAUUUGCUUUUUUUCUGUAAAAAGCAUCUAGUCUCCCUGAUGUGAAGAACAGAACUGGGGGCACUCAAAAAUCCACUCACAUGAACAGUUUUGGGGGUUUUUUUGUUUGUUUCUUCAUGGUGAGUUUAAAACUUGAGGCUGAAACCAGGUCCUGCAGCAGAUGCUCCCUGAUUUGUGGUGGUCAGAUGAAAACCUGUGUCUUUCAGAUCAUCAUCACCCUGUGAAAACCAAACACAAUUCAGUUAUCAGCAAGUGUCCAUGCACAUGUAUUCCUUUCUCCAACACAAAAAGUAAAGCCAAAAAAAUCAAAGUAUCCUUAGAAGAGAAACAAACAUUUGAUUUAGUGGCAUCAUAGCUAAUUUCGAUGCAGUGUUAUUCAUGUUAUUUAAACACUGCUUUUUUGUUGUCUUCUCUAAGGGAUCUCAAAAUCUGUUCCUAGUUUGUACACCUACUUUUGACCAAGAAUGUUAAUGAUGAAAAAAGGUUGUGAACACACUGGGUAAACCAAUAUAGUCAGCAUCUAAUGAAACACACUGUUUACCCUCCACUUCACUUUUUAUAUCCUCAAAAAGCAAGGCUAUACAAACUUUUAGGCUACUCCAUCUGAAAGCUGGGCAAAAUAAAUGUACUGUGCUAUCCCAUUUAUGCUGAGUCAUAGAACUGUUAAUGAGAAGUUGAUAUAAUUAAGGCACCUGAGACAGUAACAUGCCAUACUUAGAAGGGCAUCUUUUUCAGCCAGGUUUUUUUCAACCUAGGAAUGCAAAUGGAAAGAACAUCAGUCUUGCCUUUUACAGAUUUUUCUCUAAUACUGGAAAAAGCUGAAAGUUUCCAUCCACAAGGCAUAUGCAACUUGCCAGACUUAGGAUUUGAAAAAAAAACCAAACAAAAAAAGCCUUGCAGCUUUGAAAACUUAGCUGGAAGUGUAAAACUGCGCACUUUCAAAACAAAAAUUGUUCUAAGACAAGGCAUCACUCCUCUCUCUGAUUAUAUAUUGCAAUGAUGAUUCUGUGAAUACAACAGUAGUUGGAUCAGCCGCUUGAGAAAGAACAGAGCGAAAGCUGGACUUCUAUAGUCUCUUUUUUGUGCAAGUAGGGGUGAGUCUAAUGAUUCCAAGCCCCAUAAGACUAACAGAAUCCAAUCUACAUCAACUUUUCCAAAAGCAGGACCUGGAUAUGGAUGAGGACAGCAGAAAAGUCUAUGCCCAACUUUCUCGAGCCACUAUACUUACCAAUUGACUAUAUCCAAGGCCUCCCUCGGGUGGUCGUGGGCUAGUGCCACGUUUCACCCUUUGUUGUUCACUUUUUGCUGGCCACGUGGGAAACAUGGAGGGGUCAAUAGGAAGGGGAGUCUCUCGGAAAUACUCAUGCUUCAAACCAUCUUCAGCAGUGAUUCUUCUAGCUGGGUAGUACGUCAAAAACCUGAGGAGAAUUUAGGAAGGCAAUGAAGUAGAGAAGAAGAGAGACACACGGGCAGAAAGAACAAAAACCUUAGCCCAAAAGUAUAAGUUCUUCAGAAAUGCAAUUUAAAAUUCUCUGAUUUUUAAUAAGGAAUUUUAUUAAUGAGUACUAUUGGUGACAAAUAAGCUAUCUAACAUAGCUACCCGAUUUUAAAAGCAGGCUUCCUACAUGAACCUAUAAUUAAUGGAACUGCAGCAUGAAUACCAAAAGUAGGUUUUACAGACACCUGUUCUUUCAGGUUUAAAUCAUUACAUAACUCAGAGCCUAGGGUUAGUCAGAUAUAGCUUGAAAGGGAACUAAGAUGGUUUAGUUAAACACUUUUACAAUACCGCUUUGUUUUUUACGGAAGAGUGCAUAGAUACACCACAUAUAAUACUGUCAUAUAAUGUAAUUUGACUAUGUAGCUUGUGGUCGUCUAUUUUAAAACUUCCCCAAUGCGGAAACAUGUUUUACUAUAUUGUUCAUCCUCUUCAACAGUAUAUGGUCCUGAUUAUGCAAAUACUUAUAACCAAAAUUUGGACAUGCAAUUAGUUCCACUGACUUCAGUACACUUACUCGUGUGCUUCUGCAAGUUCAAGGUCCAUAAACAUACAGCAUGUUAUCAUUCUUAUCCAAAAUAAUAAGGACAUAAUGCUGUCAUAGCCAAAGCAAUUAAGAAGUAGAUGACACUUAUCUGAUACUCAUCUUUAUUAAAACAAGCUGUGCUUGGACAUUCUGUAAGGUUAUCUAACUUUCAAGAAAUUAUUCAUGACUCAUUCAAAAAGCAGAGCAUUGUUUGUUUGUUUGUUUGUUUUAAAUUACAUUGAAUGGGUCAACAGAUACAUCUCAAAAAUGUGUAGUUAAGAAUAAAGACAUGUUCUCAAUAGGAUUUGGAAUCAGACCAAACUUUUCCACCAGUCCAUGGCAUGAAACUUAAAGGGAAUAUUAGGGGAAGGCAGAGAAGAUGAUCUCUGAAGCCACUGUUGACCUCUUAGAAACAACUAUGAAAAGGCAUUGGGGCCCACCAGCAGAAGUAAUUACAAGGACCGGCAGAACGUCAGAUGUGAUAGAACUCAUGAACUCUGAAAACCUAGGAGAAAUUAAGAUUGGUAUUUUCCUAAUUCUUUAAUAUGAUCUCUAGAAUGUACUGCUUUUUUUCCUUUUUUAAUUCAGUCAUACAUAAUUUCAUUGUUUUAACAAGAUCCAUCAGCAGACUGCACAAUGGCUGACUCAUCAUGUAAGUAAAUAUGACAUAAGCAAUCUAAAAUUACUACUAAAAUGCUGUUCUAUUCUUCUAGGGUAUCAGUGUGCAAGAAUAACCUUGGACUGAGGUAACAGCAGGUGUUAAAGACUGCAGUGCGCUGAACAAAGGUGUUGGGAGAAUGAUGAGCAGCAUUGCAAGGAAAUGUCACAGACGAAUCUGAAAUCCAUCAGCAUGUUUUGACAAGAAGUUAAAUUCACUGAAAUAUCAUGCUUCAGUCAUUCUCCACAAUUACCAUGGCAUGUGAACGCAUUUUCCUAGGGAUCCCCUGGAAGAUAGCACUUACUUGUUCAUCAGAUCAAACCCCUGAUCAGAGAGGAGUGCUCCGAACCUCUUACGCAGAUUGUUAUAGGGAUACUCUGUGAAUGUCAUCUUCUUUACAGCUGGCAGCUCGUUGUAACCAGGCCAGAUUUUUUCACUUGGAGUACCCAGGUCCUAUAAAUUAAAAUAUCCUGACUGCA